AUGGAACCUAACUAUACAAAUAAGCUAGAUCUCCUUACGUCCAAAUCACUCGUCUUUAAUCUACAACAGGACGAAACAGACGAACUCACCGAACUCCUGAAGCAAGAAGAACACUUCAACACAUACUCUCCAAAAAUCCUCCAAAAAAUGUCGGACUUAAUCAAAAAAGAACCUCGGAUAAUUUUUACCCAAAUAAAAAAGCCUCCAAUAAAAUUAAAACUCUCUGAUACUUUAGAAUUCCGGCCUCUAGUCGGAUUCGAGCAGGAAUACUACUUUGGCCAAUGGAACACCACCACCAAUUGAAGGGAAGGAAUAGGACUCUGAAUUUUCCCAGAUGGAAGGGUCUACCAAGGACUGUGGGAAAGUGAUUACCCUAAUGGAGAAGGAAUUAUUGUGAACCCAGACUGAAAGGUUUAUAAAGGAUGGGUUAGGAAUGGAAUUCAGCAUGGAAAAGGGAUUCAGAUUGCGUUUUGGGGAAGAUGAGAGGGUUUAGAAAGGGGAAGGAGGAUUGAUCAGGAUUUGGGAGUCACUGGGAUCGGUGUGAGAGAGAAGUAUGAGGGGGAUUUUUUGGAUGGUAUGUGGGAAGGAUUUGGCAGUUAUCAGCAUGUGAUAAGAGGAUGUUAUGAAGGGGAAUUCAAAGAAAAUAGGAUUCAUGGGUACGGGCACCAGAUUUGAAAGAACGGAGAUCAGUAUUUUGGUUAUAAUAAGAGUAAUAAGAAGAAUGGCUUUGGGGUGUUUUUAAGACCUGAUGGCCGGAUUUUUGAAGGACAGUGGCAUGAUGGGUAUCCUGAAACUGGCACAUUUACUGAUACAACUGGUAAAGAGUACAAGAGCACUAAUGAAUCAAAAGAUCCUGAAAUUUUCUAUCGACUCUACGAUCACAACGAAUACUAAAAAUUCUUUCUACUUUCCUAAAGCCACUCAUAUUUA